CAUCAAUCGCUCUGCACCCGAACAAAUUUCACGCUUGCCUCCGUUUUGUUAACCACAGUCCAAUUAUCCAAUUAGAGGGCGAAAGCUGGAGAGAAGGUGGCCCACCGUGGAUGAGUACCAGGGCCCUGGGGCCAGCGGGGACCCUUGCGCUCCCUCUCUGACAUAUCGGCUGUGUGCGGUGUCUUCUUCCGACUAUCAGGUAUCACCUCAAUCUGGCUGCAUGUCUUAUCUGAAAUCACCUUAUCAGAUGAAUGGACUCAGUCUGCCAUCUCCUCCUAUCGAUUUAAUUCAUCCCUCGGCUGCUUAUCCGGCUCAGACCCCAAGAAAACAAAGGAGAGAAAGAACGACCUUUACAAGAUCCCAAUUAGACGUUCUAGAAGCUCUUUUCAGCAAAACGAGAUAUCCAGAUAUCUUCAUGAGGGAGGAAGUUGCUGUCAAAAUUAAUUUGCCCGAAUCUAGAGUACAGGUAUGGUUCAAAAAUAGAAGGGCAAAGUGCCGACAGCAACAGCACCAACAGAAUGCAGGAUCCACAUCCAAAUCGAGACCCAGAAAGACGAAAAGUCCGGAUGAGAAGACAUCUUGCUGUGACAACCAAUUCAAAACCGUCCCUAAUCCAUCGAUCUGCAACAAUGCAACUAUAUGGAGUCCGGCAAUGUCCGAGCUCAUGGCUAGCAACAGUUGUAUGCAAAGAUCCAGUUAUCCCAGUCCGACUCCUCCAUCUUAUUCCAGCUACGGCACCACGACAUAUUAUAGCAACAUGGAAUACCUACCACCCGGUAUGGGUGCCACUCACAGCAACAUGCCAACAUCACCCCCCAUGAAUGCCAUGACUACGUCGCCUUCACCAGCUACGGAUUGUAAUGACUAUACCUGUGAUAGAACGUCUUCGUGGAGAUUUCAAGUACUAUGAUUUAUUUUAAU